GGAAGUCCCCCCGUUACUCUCACCCAGCAACCGUAAACAGUCAGAGCAGUGCGCGUUCUUACGGUUUCUGUUCUUACGUUUUAGAAGAUUGGUGACCAUUACACCAAUCGACUGCUGUGUCUUGUAAACAACUUAUAACACAAAGUGUUACCAUGGCUGAUCAGAAAAAGGGCAGCACUAUGGCGCGUCGGAAGCAAGAGAUCCAACUUCAGCAGGAGAUAGAAACUCAGGAGGAGUGGGAGGAUAUCAUGUCUAAGGAGGGACUAUAUGUGAUAGAUGUUUACCAGGAAUGGUGCGGGCCAUGCUCCGGGCUUAUUGCUAACUUAAAACGAUUAAAAAAUGAACUUGGCGAUGACUUACUACAUUUUGCAAUCGCCAAAGCUGACACGAUCGACGCUCUGGAGAAGUACAGGGGACACUGCCAGCCAUGUUUCCUUUUCUAUGCGGGCGGAAUGUUAGUUGCGGUAAUCAGGGGAGCUAACUCUCCCAUGGUAAUGAGAACGGUCACAGAACAGUUACAGCAGGAACACAGGGUGAUUGACGGAGCAGCAGAAAGGAAAGAGAUCAAGGAUCCAUACAUCUCUAUGGUGGAUAACAUGAGCAAUGAUGCUGAUGAGGACGAGGAGGAAGCUGAGGACGGUCGGCCGGCCAGUAAGAAAGGCGGAAAGCAAAUGAGAUUUAAGGGUGAACUCGUCAAUUUUGGGGAUGAAAAUGACCGCGCAGAAGAAUCAAAGAAGGAGGUCACAGUGGCCGUCAUCAAACCAGACGCUGUGAAGGCUGGCAAAGUGGAUGAGAUUAUUGAGGACAUCAAGGCCCAUGGCAUCGAGAUUCUGAAACAGGAAGAACGGUUGAUGACUGAGGACGAAGCAAAGAACAUCUACACCCAUCUCCAGGACGAAGAUUUCUUCAACGAUCUAAUCACAUUCAUGACAAGCGGCCCGUCUCACAUAUUGGUACUCACAAAGGGACGAACGGGCGAAAACAUCAUUAAUGAAUUUAGGGAUUUAAUCGGACCUACGUCAGUGGAGGACGCGAAGGAAAAACAACCAGAAAGCUUGAGAGCAAAACACGGUGAAAAGACAUUUAUGAAUGCCCUUCACGGAAGUAGCUCAGAUGACCAGGCUAUGAGGGAACUUGCCUUCUUCUUCCCAGACUUUGCCAUACCUGCAUCAGAAGGAAAACCCAAACUACAGAGAACUUUGGCCCUUAUCAGGCCGGACGCCUUCAAACUACACAAAGAUGAGGUGAUGCAGAUGAUCAAUGAGGCUGGGUUCAAGGUCGCUUUACAGAAGGAAAUGUCGCUGACAAAGGAAAUGGCUGAGGACUUCUAUCGGGAGCACGAGGGCCAGGAAUACUUUAACGAACUCACAACGCGAAUGUCAAGUGGUCCCCUAAUGGCACUUGGCCUGGCAAGAGAAGAUGCAGUAGAGGGCUGGAGGAGUAUGUUAGGUCCCAAGGAGCUAGACAAAGCCAAGGAAGAGUCACCAGAUAGUUUAAGAGCCAAAUUUGCAUUAGAAGAUGUGGCAAUCAACCAGUUCCAUGGAUCAGAUUCAGAAGCUGCAGCACAAAAAGAACUAGACUUUUUCUUCCCAGUACAACAAACGAUCGCCGUUAUCAAACCAGAUGCUUUAGGAACAAAGGAUGAAAUUAUUGAAAAAGUUCACGACGCCGGAUUCAAGAUUGCUGCCAGAAAAGAGACGACGUUAUCUAGGGAAAUAGCUGAAGAGUUCUACUCCGACCACAAAGACAAAGAUUAUUACAAUGACCUUGUGGAACACAUGUCAAGUGGUCCUACAAUGUUCAUGGUGCUUUCGAGAGAGGAUGCCGUAGACGGAUGGAGAUCACUGAUUGGUCCAACUGAUCCAGAGAAGGCUAAGGAAGAAUCCCCAGACUCGUUGCGAGCCUUGUAUGGUGGUGAUAUCCUAAAGAACGCUGUUCAUGGAAGUUCAAAUGUAGACCAGGCGAAGACUACUAUCCAGAAAAUAUUUGGUGAUUUAAAGUUCACACCUGAGGGGUUGCUCAUCACAGACGAGGCAGAAAUGCAAGAGCAAGAGGAAAAAUCAGAGGAAAAGACAGAAGAGGCAGGAGAGGAAGCACAACAAAAGACAGAAGGAGAAGAACAAAAAGAGGGGGAAGGAGAAGAAAAGAAAGAGGAAAGUGCGGAGGGUGGAGAUCAGACAACAGAACAGCAAGGAGAGGAACAAGAUGAAGGGAGGAAAUCUGCGGAAGAUAAACCCAGCAAAGAGCAAACAGGUUUUCCAGAAAGCAAACAGACCGAGGAACCUUCUGAACAGAAGGAAGGAGAUGUAGAAUCACCGAAAGAAGAACAGGCAGAAACAAAAGAACAAGACACACCUGUCACCAAGAAAAGCACAGAAGUGGAAGAUGCUGCACCAGAGGACCGUCAUAGACUUAAAGAGGCUGAACAAGCGAAGACAGAGGAAGACAAACCAAAGGAGGAGGAGAAACCAACAGAGGAAGCAAAACCUACGGAAGAGGAGAAACCAAAAGAGGAAGAGAAAGCCCCUGAGGAGCCACCCAAAACUGAAGAAGAAGCUAAACCAGAGGAGGCCAAAACAGAAGAAGAGACCCCUAAAGAGGAACAAAAGACGGAAGAGGCUCCCAAAGAGGAAGAAAAGACAGAGGAGGCUCCCAAGGAGGAAGAAAAGAAGGAGGAAGAGGUAAAACAGGAAGAGGAGACACCUAAACCUACAGAAGAGGCCAAACCUGAAGGCGGAGAGGAGACAAAAACGGAGGAACCAGAACAAAAGGCCGAAGAACCAAAGACAGAAGAGGAAACAAAACCAGAAGAGGCAAAGCCUGAGGAAGCAAAGGCAGAAGGUGAAGAGGAAAAGAAAGAGGAGACCAAAACUGAAGGGGAAGGUGCAGCAUAGAGAAGUCUAUUUGUGAUCUAGUGCAAGAAUUUGGGACCAAAAGCAUUCAUUACAAUCAAAACACCCUGCCAUGGAUGUCAUCGGGGACACUUUAGUCAUAUUCAAGACAUUUUGUGGUGAAAAAACACUGUCGAAUUUGCAUCCUUUGGAUAAUGAAACUUUAUAUCUCCAUUCCAAUUGCAUCAUUGGAACAGGAAGUGACAUCAUGAAAACAGGAAGUGACAUCAUGAUUGUGUGAAAUAAUCCAUGGUCAGGAUUUGAUUGGAACAGACCUGUGAUAUCAUACACUUGAGUGUGUGCCUUCAAGUAUCAUGUGCCAGCUAAUUAAAUAUGCUUAUUUAUCUAUCUUAACAUAGACACUGAUUCCCGUCCAAAUUUUAUCUGUGAAAUUUAUAUAUACACUUAUGAAAUUUAUAGCCACGUGCAUUCCGUCAGUUUACAGUCCCAUCAGUAAACUGGUUGUCAGUUAUUUUAUACUUGUUAUACAUGUCAUAAUGGUGAUCUUUUUUAUUUAUUGAAAUAAAAGUUUAAACAUGUGUUAAAA